ACAACCUCCCAGCACGGCAAUGGCUGAGCAUGGCGCGGCAGCGGCACAGCCGCCGCAAAGUGGCAAGAACAGUAGCGAGCCGGCGGAGUGCCUGCUGAAGGAGUACCUGCUGCUUCUUGCCACCCUGGUGGCGACGGUGACCUACGCAGCGGGGCUCAACCUGCCGGGGGGCUCCUGGCUGGAGGACGCGCCGGCGGAGGGGCAGCUCGCCGGCGACUCCAUCCUCCGGCAGACAAACUACACGCGCUAUAUCGUCUUCUACUACUUCAACGCCAUCUCCUUCGCGGCGUCGCUCCUGGUCGGCCUCCUCCUCCUCCUCCUCCACCGGCACGGCCAGAACUGGGACGGCUAUCUGCUCCCCCUCGUCAGGACGGUGAUGGUCGUCGACCUGCUCGGCCUCACGGGGGCCUACGCCGUCGGCGGCAGCCACGACGGGUUCACCACCGCCUCCGCCUCCGUCCUCGUCUCCGCUGUCUUCGCCUACGUCGCCGUCGCCUUCCUCUUUUUCGCUGUGCGCCGCGUGCGGCUUCGCGGUACUCCGCUGCCCGCGCCGCCGUCAACGAAGAAGGACGAGCUCGACCGGCACAAGAUCCUGAUGGUGCUCGCCGUCUUCGCGGCGACGAUCGCGUACGUUGCCGGGCUGAACCCGCCGGGAGGCUUCUGGCGGAGCGCGGAGGAAGGGCACCACGCCGCCGGCGAACCGGUGCUGCAGCGCCUCCACCACAACCGCUACAAGGCCUUCUUCUUCUGCAACACCGCCGCCUUCGCCGCAUCCCUGACCGCCAUCAUGAUCAUCGUGGAUUACGCCAAGCUCGACGGCCUCAAGGGGAUGACGAGAUUCGAAGCGAGGGAUUCCGCGCUGUAUGGGCUCAUCGUCACAGCGCUCUUGGGCCUCGGCGGCGCCUACGCCGCCGGGAGCUGCAGGGACGGCAAGCACACCGGAUAUGUUGUCGGCCUGAUUCUCCCCGUCGCUGCCUGCAUUUUUCUCCAGUAUGUUGCUGCGAAUAGCUCUUGCAUUAAGAACUUCAAGCAUUGGUACGAAACACGGCUUGAAGUUGAAGCAAACAAAAGAUCGCCCAACAAAUACAUCAGUGCUAUUCGUGCAAUCGUUACGGAGCCCAGCACACGUGACGACCUGAACAAAGCUCGUGAAAACAUCCAGUUGCUCGGCAUCCUUGCGGCGACCAUCGCUUACCAGGCAGGAUUAGAUCCUCCUGGUGGCGUAUGGGCUGCCAAAGGGAAGGGUUACAAUGUAGGAGACCCAAUACUCCUCACAACUCAUCCCGGGCGUUACAAGGCCUUCUUCUACUUCAACUCGGCGGCUUUCGUGGCGUCGCUGGUCAUCAUGGUGAUGCUGCAGAUCAAACAUCUAGCCGGAAGCCACGCGCUGAAGGCGGCCAUGAUCCUGGACCUGUUCGGUCUCAUAGGCGCGUACGCUGCGGGGAGUUGCAGGGACACGGACACCUCCAUCUACACGGUCGCCUUGGCCGGUGGCGUCCUCAUCUACGUGGUCAUUCACAUCGUGUUCUUCACACCAGAGAGGAAACUAGGCGAGGACGAAGAGCAGCUGGAGGACAAGCGUAAGGUGCUGCUCCUUCUUGCAAUCUUGGCUGCCACACUGACCUACCAAGCUGGCUUGACACCGCCGGGGGGAUUCUGGGAGGAUGGGCACCGCGCCGGCUUCCCGGUCCUCCAAGACAAGUACCCUCUCCGUUACAAGGCAUUCUUCUACUGCAAUGCAGCAAGCUUCAUGGCGUCCGUGGCUCUCAUCAUCCUCCUGCUCAACGAAAACAUGUACAAGCCGGGCAUACGGUGCUAUGCUCUCGUUGUUUGCAUGGUGGCCGGCAUGUUCGGCCUCAUGUGCGCCUACGCUGCUGGGAGCUCGAUGCAUCUACGAACCUCCAUCAUCGUGCUGGUAUUGCUUGCUGCAGUCUCCGCAAUCCUGGUGAUUCUAGCUAUCAAACUCUUUGUGGAGAAGCUAAGAUCUGCCGCCGCCGACGCUCGAAAAGCCAAGCAGAAUAAUCCAAAUGAUCCAGAACAACUCAAUAAUCCCAAUGGCCUCAUCAACAAACCCAACAAUGAUCCCAAACCCAAUGCUGCCAGUUAUCCAAAACGCAGUCUCCCUGAUCAGGAAACCGCCAUGUACCUGAUGCUGGUAGGAAUACUGGCUGCGAGUGUGACCUACCUGACGGGCCUGAAACCACCCGGUGGCAUGUGGAGGGACGACGGCAAUGGACACUCCGCAGGCAACCCGGUCCUCUACGACAUCAACAAGCAACGGUACAAUGCUUUCUUCUACUGCAACUCCACCUCCUUCGUGGCUUCCAUCACCAUCAUCGCCUUGCUGCUGCUCUCAUGGAUGACGGCAUUUAUUGGAAAAGCAGUACUGCCUCUUGGGCCGAUGCACACAGCCAUGGUACUUGACAUGCUCGCCCUCCUGGGUGCCUACGCGGCAGGAAGUGAUCGGGAGUCGAGCAGAUCCUGGAAGGUCAUCCUGCUCGUCCCCUUAGUGGUCUUGGUCAUCUUUCUCUUUUGGUUCAUCUGUGGGAAAACAGGAGAAAAUGGAGGCACAAACAUGGAUCACGGUGGACGAGCCGGAGCCGGAACCGGAUCGGAGGAGCCGGCCGGAGCCUCGGUUAGUUUGACCACUCGCGCGGACCAAAAUACUUGACUUGCUUGAGAGGGUCCGUUGUUGGAUGCCAUCGAUCACAUAUAUGGCCUAGCUACUUACAAGUUGAGUUUCAAUUAAAGAAUAGCCACCACUCUACUACACAAAUACCAGUUGUUGACACAAAUACAAAUAGUAUUUUUCUGAAGCAGGAGUCCAAAGUGUGUGUAAUCUUUAUUUCCCCAAUGUCGUUUUGGAACCAAGCCACAUGUAUACAUCGAGUUGUCAGUCCCCAUAUGUGUUCUCGAUCUA